AUGGAUGAAGAGGUCCCUUCUGAACUCUUUCGAGAGUUCCUCUUAAACAAUCCAGAAAUUGUAAAAGAUCUUUAUGGGAAUAUGCGUGAUAAUAAUAAUAAACAUAAUCACAAUACCCAUGACUCUAGACUCGAUGACCCAGAUGAUCAUUACCCUGAUCACAAUCACAACCAUACUCAUAAUCAUCAACAUCAACAUCAUCAUCAUUGUCAUGAUAAUGAUGAUGAUGAUGAUAUUAAUGGCGACGAUCCUAUUACUCAAGAAGAGUUAGAGAACCCUCUUCUUUCAGAAUUCUUUGUAACUCGUCUGAAAAAUAUUAUGGGGACUGUAGAUCCCAUGGGUUCCAUGAACUCAGAACAUCAUUUACAAAUGCCUACAAAAACAUUUACCAUCCCUCAAAGCUCCAAUCCUCAACCACACCCAACCCAAUCUAAUAUCUCUUUGGGUUCUCCACCUGAUCCUCUUAGAUCAAUCACACCAACCUCCUUCUUUGGAUUCGAAUGCCGUGACCCUAACUGUACAGGUCACGACUCUUCACCUACAAUAAGACUUAGCUUGAGACCCGUUGUUGAAUUUAUCAUGCCUACUACACAAUCUUUUGCUGCUCCAGCAAGAUUCGGACCCCCACCUCUCCCCAUGAUUGCUCGUACCCCUCAAAUUAAGGCGUGUCGUGAAGAUUAUACCCCAGGUUAUACAAUCACUUGGGAUUUUUCAGCUUGUGAUCAACUCCAAUCUCUUUCAACAAACUCAACAAGGAAACUCGUAUUUGGCUCCUAUGACCCAAACCGGGUUGAAUACUCUUAUGCCCGAGGACUCAUUAAGGCUGCUUCUGUUUGUCCAGCAAGUACCCUAGCCCCCCUCAUUUUCCCCGUCUUUGAUACCUGCCAAACCAAAUGGCAACCGGCAAUUGUGUUUGCAGACACUCGUGAUGCUAGCCUUGCAUUUUCAGGCACACUUCAAGAUACAUUUAAACGCAAAGUCAAACUUAUUAACCGUGUUGAAACUUUACGUUUUAAUAAAAACGUACGCUACCUUGAGUCCCAAGUAUCCCGAGACCUUAUGCGCAAAUCUUAUCGCUCAAUUGCCCCCACAGCAUACCGCAAAGACUCUACAGCAUUACAAGAAGAAAAUUAUACAAAUCAUUUGAUUAGAAUGAGUACUGAACAAGAAGCUGCAUCUCAAAAUAUUGCAAUUCCACAGUCUCUUAGUGUCCGUAAAUGGCGGCGACUGAUUUUUGAUAAUGCAGAAGUUACAGCCAAGAUUCACAUGAGCAGACUAUACUUUGACAUUGAUAGUGUUUUGCAAAGUGAAGAAGUCAUGACUCCUCUAGUACAACGUCAAACAAUCACGAACCCCUUUGUAGGGCCUUACUUUUUCCAUAACCGAAUGAGACAAAUGAUUUUCCAAGACCUCAUGGCUGAUAAGGGCAAAACCGCUGGCGGGAUGCGUGGAGUUAUCAUGGUUCGUACUCGUGAGAAACUUGAAAAUCCAACCCGUAACCCUUGGGUCUUAUUGCCAUCUACAUGGGAAGGUGCCCCGCAACUAGCAACACUUGUACGCCGUGCGAUUUUAGGAGAAUAUGGGACUACCAUAACAGUUGAUUCAGAUGUCCCUGAAUGGCCUGAGAACUUGACAGAAGUAAUUGAUUUUAGUUCGUCUUGGAAAGCAUUCAAGUAUGAAUGGAAAUCUUCAAUUGCAAAGGGCACAGUUCCUCAUAUUGAUGAAAAUGAGCUUGUGGAUUUGUUUAAACCUAAGUUUGCCACGGUAGCUCACCGACAAGAUCCUAAGACAAAAAAGCCAUGGGUUCCAUCACUGGAACAACUCAUGCUUAUGACAAUGCAUGCUCAGCAGGUGCGAAGAAUGAUAUUAGGGUCAUGGGAAGAAUUGGCAGAUGAAUUCCCACAUUCGAAUCAAGAUGAAGAUAUUGUUUCGUCAAUUGAACGCCGAUUUGUGGAAGCACUUGAUCCUUAUACUUCACCAGAAGAUCGGUUCUUGUCGCCAGAAUUUAUAGGACGCUUGCAGCGACAACCGUCACCGUACAUGAUAUUGCGUGCUGUACGGAAUCGUUUCAAUGCUCGUGCAGAGGAUGUAGCGCCGCUGGUGGCGCCGCAGAUUGCACGUGUCUUGGCUACUAUGGACCUUUCACCUUUAUACUGUAACAGUGAGAGUAAGGUAUGGGAGUUUGUAGGCAAGACAUGGGACGAAUGUUUAAAACCAUUAUACGUUGUGUUUUUCAGUUGUCAUACUAGUCGUAUUUCACCACAAGCAUUUGUAGCUCUAUGGCUUUAUAGUGUCAUUACUACAGGCUAUGGGGUUGAGGAGAGUGAGAAAAAGGGGAAUACAGGAUCAGGUACAGGAUCAGGAAUUGGAUCAGGAAUUGGAUCAGGAACAGGAGCAGGAGCAGGAUCAGGAUUAGGAAGUACAGGAGGAGGAUUAGGAUCUGUUUCGGCUGGUGGUGGUAGUAGUAAUUUGGGGUCUACUGGAGGGGCUACGCAUAGUGGGUUUCAUUCAAAGAAGAAGAAGAAUAAAAAGAAUAAGAAAAAGACUCAUGAACCUUCAUCUGUUACUGCUUCUUCUACUGCUUCUUCUACUGCUUCUGCUUCUUCUACACCUGAACCGGAUCAACCAUCGAUGCGUGCUAAAUUAUAUCGCAAAAUGUUUACACAAGCCGAAUUGGCAGCCAAAUACCCUGCACUUUCGCGUGUAUUUACGUCAUUAUAUGAUUUAAGUAUUGAACCUACUUCAUUUCAGUUAAAGCUUCAAUUACGUGGUAAUACAUCAUAUCAGAAUUUGGUUUGUAAAGAUUGGGAUGAAGAAACAUUUGGAAGAGGAUGGGAUUCUUGUGUUCAACCAGAGUAUCAAGAAGAAAACCGGCCAAUUACAGUGGAAGAAUGGAAUAGUAGUGGAGGAGAAGGAGGAGAAGAUAAGAAUAAGAAUAAGAAUAAGAAUAAUAAUAAUAAUAAUAAUAAUAAUAAUAAUAAUAAUAAUAAGAAAGAAGAAGAAGAAAGAGGAGUUGAUAAGGAUGAACCAUUAGGAUGUGCGUGUGAACUUAAGGCAGAUAUGAAGGAAUAUAUUGCAGAACGUAGAGAAGUUAUGAUGAGCCGAGGACAAGCUGUUGUUUAA